AUGAACAAUAUCCGUGGUUGGUUUUCAUGUUUGGCACCGUGCUUCGACUGUGUGGAAGGCUCCAGUUUUGACAAUGCCUCGUAUCCACGAUUUAACGCAGUCUACCAGCCAACAGUACGACUAGAUGUGGGGAGAAUGGGUAAAAAUGUAGUUAUUCUCAAAGAAGGAGAACGAAUUUGCGGUAUUGGAGGAGCGAUUGCAACUGUUCCAAUUGUGCAAAACAAAGCAUAUUUCCAAGUGACAGUUCAACAAACCGGAACAUGGGGAAUAGGCUUAGGACAAAAGCAAUCACCAUUCGACAAAGUCCCAUGCACUGAAAAGUUUUGGGGAAUCAGAGAUAAUGGAGACAUUGCAAAGGAAAAUGAGGUCGUGGCAAAAAUGACAAAAACUGUGGAGGAAGGAGAUGUUGUGGGUGUUGCAUAUGACCACGUGGAGCUCAAGUUCUAUGUAAACGGAAAAGCAGUGGAAGAUGUGAUAACUGGAGUUCGAGGCCCGGUUUACCCUAUGGUGUAUGUUGACGACUCAGCAAUUCUCGAUCUCAAAUUCAAAAACUUCACGGAAGCUCCACCAGCGGGAUUCGGAGAAAUUCUCGUGGAACAAACUAUUCUAUAAAUCUUGCCUGAUUUUAAAACCAUUGACCGUGAUUUCCUUCGCUCUUGUGACUUGUCAAUAAUGAUUUUGAAUUUCAUUGAAACUCCUUAAUUUAAUCUAAACAAAUAUGUUCUUAUUA